UCUCUCCGCCGCAGUCAAUUCAGGUCGAUGCAUAAUAGUCAAUACCCUUCACUUCGUUCACAAACAUUCACAUUUCCACCACUGCAGACGGGCUGCCGUUUGACCUUCAUCCAUACUCAAGCAUCCGUUUCGCACUUCUCAGUUCACCCAUCAAGUAGUCUCCUUGUUCAAGAACAUCAUGGCCGACCCUUCGGAGCAGGACACCCUGAUCGCACAGUUCACUGCUAUAGCAUCAACCUCAACUCGACAGGCUCAACAAUUCCUCGCCGCUAGCGAGUGGAAUCUCGAAACUGCCCUUGCGAACUACUAUGCCGCACAGGAAGACCACGUCGAUGACCCUGCCGAUGAUUCAGACUAUGUCGAUGAAGACGAUCCAGAAGAACCCUUGAACCAGUCUCAUCCUCAACAUGGCUCAGGUCGAAGACUAGGAGAAGGCCCCGUUGACCCUCAGCCAAUUCCUGUCGCUUCUACCUCCGACCCCUCACAAUCCAAGAAGACGUCGGGUACACAAAAGAAGUUUGCCACACUGAGCGACGUCAAUGCUGGAGGUGCAAACACAGGCGACUCUGAUGAUGACGAGAAACAUGACUUGUUUGCUGGCGGUGAAAAGUCUGGUCUGGCUGUGCAGAAUCCCGAUGACUUGAAGAAGAGAAUAUUGGAGAAGGCACAGAAACGUGGUCCACCACCCAAAGAAGCUGCUCCCAAGAAGACACACUUCACCGGUUCGGCACGCACGUUAGGAGGCGACGAUGCGCCAUCACGUGAAAUUCCGACUGCACCUCAGCCUAGGUCGAGAGCGGAACGCGUGGAACGUGUCUUACACUUCUGGCAGGAUGGCUUCAGUAUCGAUGAUGGUGACCUGUACAGAAUCGACGAUCCUAGAAAUGCGGAGAUUUUGAACCUAAUCCGACAAGGACGGGCACCUUUGAAUAUCAUGAACGUCCAGCCCGGUCAGGAAGUGGAUGUGGAAAUCAAACAACACGACGAGAAGUAUGUCAAGCCAAAGAAGAAGUACCAGCCGUUCGGAGGAUCCGGUCAGCGCCUGGGAAGUCCUACUCCUGGAGGAAUGUCGUCACCGAUGCCUGGCUCUUUCGCUGCGGAACCAGCUGCGACCGCUACUGCUUCAGCCAGUGCUGGCCCUCCGACUGCCGACGUCGAUGAAUCCAAACCCACAGUGACACUAAGAAUCAGUCUGGGCUCGGGUACAAGGUUGACGUCUCGAUUCAACACCACUCAGACAAUGGGCGACGUGUAUGAUUUUGUCCAGCGUGCUGAACCUGGAGGCAGAGACUUCGUAUUGCAAACCACUUUUCCUACGAACGAGCUUACAGACAAGACGAAGGUCCUAGGGGACAUGCCAGAGUUCAAGCGAGGAGGGGCGAUUGUGCAGAAGUACACUUGAGCCGACUGUCCACAUACCGCCGGAGCGAGGGCAGGGCGGCGCCUGAAGAGCUAGGGCGAUGAAGAAGCUCGACACAGUUGGCAUUCUUACAGCGACCAAAAAUGGAUACUCUUAGACAGUGCUGCAUAGCAUAGGCGUGAAAGCAGCCCCCAAAUGACAGUGUAUAGAUAGAGAGAAUACAUCAAAAACCUGCCAUGAUGA